AUGGAAGGCAUUUGGGCUUCAACAAUCCGCUAUCGCGAUGGGACAUUCUACCUGAUUACUUCCUACGUCCAAUGGAACGACUGGGGUCCAAAGAUCCUACUUUUCACUUCGAAGAACCUUUUUGAAGACGACUGGAAUGACCCGGUAGUCAUAGAGAAUCCCGCAAAUGACAUCGACCCAGACAUUUUCUGGGAUGAUGAUGGUAAGACUUACAUGGCCGUCGCCGCAGGAAUCUGGAUCAGCGAAAUCAAUAUCGAGACCGGUGCAUCUUCAAAACCGCUCAAGGUUUGGAACGGUACAGGGGAUCGCAAUCCAGAGGGCCCUCACCUGUACAAGAAAUAUGGUUAUUACUAUCUUCUGAUCGGAGAAGGUGGUACCGAGUUGAACCACACUGCGACUCUCGCUCGAUCGAAAAACAUCAGAGGACCAUACGAAGGAUAUCCUGGAAAUCCCUUUUUGACGAACAAGAAUACAAACGAGUACUUCCAAACAGUUGGACAUGCCGAGUUCUUCCAAGAUGCUUCAGAGAACUGGUGGGCAGUGGCACUUGCCACCCGAUCAGGUCCGGCUUGGGAAGCCUAUCCAAUGGGCCGAGAGACCGUUCUCAUGCCAAUAAAGUGGCAGAAGGAUCAAUGGCCAGUCAUUGAUCAAGUUCGCGGCAAGCAAUCCGGUCCUUUACCACCCCCAAACAGGCAUGUUAAGGGCAGUGGACCAUUUGCUAAUGAGCUCGAUGAGCUCGAUGAGCUCCAAAGUCAUCAAUUCCGAAGCAGUUGCUAUUUUGGCGGCCACCGAAAACGGCGUUGUUUGCUAUUUCUCCGCCAGGACAUCCGAAUACUACAGAUCUCACCCUCAAGAGUGAACCUGACCGCGGACGCUGUUUUCAAGCCGGAUAAAGACGGACUCGCUUUCAUAGCACGCAAACAAACUGCCACCACGUUCAAUUGUAGUGUAAACUUGUCAUUCUAA